AUGUCUCCGCUCUCAGCCCUGCUCAACUUCUUGUUUGCAGCUGCUUGUGCAACAGCGGACGUGGACUUCGGCGCCUGGGUGCGCCAGCGCCUGCGUGAAGCAGCGGCAAAGCUUGCGGCAACUGGCCCCGUGGAACCCCCGAACGGAGUCGCGCGGGAGCAAUCCGCUUUUUUAGGGGAGGCGGCAACCGAGGCGAAUCUUGUUGCGCCACAGGCCGAACAACUGGCGUUCACAAGGCGCCCCGGACCUGCUGGUACACCUGGUCUGGCACCUCGCCUCAUGCUGGAAGGAGCAGCAGCGGCCCCAGCUAAGCCGGAAACGGCAUGGUUUCUCCGGGGGGAGGGUACUGGUCCAGCCUCGGAAGCGCUCGCAGAUGCCAUCUACGGACCAAGCGCCCAGAGCCAGCCCACAGCAGGACGGACGCUGCUCCGGGAUGCGAAGGCAUCUCGCAAGUCGUCAAAGCGGGUGGUGAUCAUCUCGCCGCGAAGAUCGCCGUUGAAGCCGCCGUACCGCUCGAGCCCCAAGCAGGAACAGCCGCCGCUGGUGCAGCAGCAGCACAGCGGAGCGGCUCCUGCCGUCAGCAAGCUGUACACACAGGUGGAGCCGGGGCUAUUCUCCGCGAGACCCGACGCAUACGUGCAUCCGCAGGCCGCCGCAGAGCGGGAGCGGCGCUUAGCCCUCUCCACGGCGCUUGCCCGUCAGACUCUAGCGGCGGGACUGGGGCAGGAUGAGGCACGUGCCGUGGCGCUGGGUGGCGUGUCUCCCGCCGCCGCAGCGAACCAGGCUGCACAGUACCAGCACGUGUUGCAAGUGGCGCAGCAGCUCGCACAGCAGAAUGAACAGCUCGCAGUGGCGGUGCAGCUAAAUAGCGUGCAACUCGCACAGCAGCAGCCGCCUCCGCAGCUGGCAGCAGCUGCGGGGUCUGCUGCCGCCGAGCCAGCGGCGGCCGCCACCACCAGGGUAGAAGUCGAAUCGGGUCCGCCGCCAUGGUUCAUUCGCCGAGGGCCCCCUGGCCGCCCCUCGGCAGCCAGCCAGCAAGGAAGGAGUAGUGCAGGCCUGGCGGCAAAGGCCACCCAUGGCCAUGUGACCACCGGCGCUCAAGCCGGCAGGUCACCGAAGAAGGCCGACGCCGUCAUGACAACGAAGGCCGGCGCUUCUGCCACGGCCAUUGCCAUGACGGGCAAGGAGCGCGAGCGGUUGGCGCGGAAGGACGCAUUAAAGGCGCUUCUGAAGCAGGUGUUGGGCGGCGCCGGGCUAGCGGGCGGCAAGGAGGGGCGGCGGCGGCUGGCAAGCAGCAUGGCGGAGGCGGAGAAGCUGGUGGCGGCGAUACACGCGCUGGCGCGAAACAAGGCCGGCCUGGAUGUACCGUGCGGGUUAAGGGGAAGUGGCUGCAUCAAGGGGGCUUUACUACCUGGUGCCCACGGACUUGAGGCUGCACAGAAUACAGGUAACAUGAUGCUGGUGAUUGUGAAGACGGCUCAGGACUUCCCAAAUGUCCGGACAUCAGCUGUGGCCCAAACCCAGACGUCCGGUGGGGCAUCGGCCUCGGGUGCCAGCACCGGGAGCGAGAAAGCAGGAGCGGCAGCGGCAGCGGCCGUCACAGCGGCGGUGCAAGCCCAGUCAUCCAGAGAAUCUUCCCGUGCCGCCUCCCUCGCCGGUUCCCGUUCCCGCUCCUUGGCAUCAGCUAUGCAUGCUGCCAGCGGAGGCACAGCUCCAGGGACAGGUUCACGGGCCGUGUCCCGGCAGGGCUCGGGCCUCGCCAGUGGGUCAGUUGGUAGCGAGCCGCAGUCCUUAGUGGAUGCUGGCGGGGUGCCAGGGGGCGAGGGCACCCCGCCCAAGGCUAAUUCCAUUCGUGCCUCGGGCUCCUCAGAGCCUCAUGAAGAGCCAGGGGCCGGGGUCCCUUCCAGACACGCAUCCAAGAAGAGCCUCGCAGCGCAAGCUGCUGCGCUAGGCGACGACACAGGUAGUGGCACUGCGGUUGCCUGGGCACACGUUUCGGAGGAGGCAGCAGCCGCUUCUGGCGUUGCCGCACGUGGCGCCCUGCCCCUUCCGGGCAUACUGGUGGAGUCUUUGGAGGACCAGGUGCAGCAGAUUGUGGAGCGGGACGCGGCGGCGGCAGCGGAGAUGGCCAGGCUGCAAAAGCUGGAUGCGUUGGAGCAACGGCUGCACUCCAUGGUGGACCGAGUGGAGAACAAACUCUCACGCGCGUUGCAGCCGCUACAGCUAAACGCACAGCAGGGCGAGGUGACCGGUGCUGUGGCGGCGGCGGCGCGGCAUGGCGUAGGGGGUGGCGGCACAAACGCCACCAGCGUCGAUGUUGUGAGUCCUCGGAGUGCGGGGCUGUCAGUGCUUGAGCUGCAGCGGAUGCUCAUUGAGCUCAACCGGAUGGAGAGCAACGAGCAGGAGGUUAGGCGCAAAUGGUUUUUCGACUCCAAAGGCUCCCGUCGGCAGCACAACCGUGCGGCACUACCCAUCGUGGUGCGUGACGGGCACCUAGGCACCUUCGACCCCGACGACCCCACAACCUCCGCCAGCCUGCCAUCUCGUCCUCCCUCAAGCCCUGCUCACGGUGUGAGUCCCAACUCACGCCGCGUGUUCCAAGCUCAGCCGCCUACGGAAAAUACCCUCGCCAUGCUUGCCGGGGGCACCAAAUGCAGCAUAGGUAAUGGUGGGGCAGGCGCAAGCUCGGUCUUGGCCCCGCGGCAUGGCGGCACUGACAACGCCUCUAGCAUGAUGGCGGAGGACGGUACGGUGGCGGCGGCCUACCAUGCCUUGGCGGAUCCGAUCAGUGACACCACCUUGGAGUCCGUACUGCGAGGCCGGCGACGUUACCUGCGCGCCCAGAAGCUGGCGGAUGGUGAUCUGCUGGUGGCGGCGGAUCCCAACCUCAAUCCCGUACAGGUUAUGGAGGACCUGGCAGACGUUCUGCUGGCUGAGCUGCUUCACGAGCAGGCGCAGGAGCUAGCGGGCUUGUGCGACAGCCUUGGGGAGCACAUGUUGAAGGACGAGUUGGACCUCUCCUCUGAUGGUGAUGAGGAUGGCGAAUGA